AUGGGGGCUCGGAACCACACCCAAACCUCGGUGAAGAUGGAGCAACCAGCUCCUUCAAAGGAGGCAAUGGAGUCGGUGGCUCUCGGUGGUCCGGUUGCAUACCAGGGGAGAGGAUCGGAAAAGAUGCCAAUGUCUCGAGGCAGCCCGAGGGGCUUUGCCCUCAACCGCCCUCCUAAAGUCAGGCUGGGGAAUGGUCAAUCGAGGCAGCUGGGCAAGAAAUUGCAGGAGUCCCCUUGCGCUGGUGAGGCGGCCCGUCCUCAGUCACUGACAUCAGCUCGGCUGCACUCGGCCCCGCUUCCAAGUGGUGACCCGCCCGCCAUGAUUCAGGAGGAUUCGAGGCGCCGUCGCCUUAUCCUUGAAAAGGAUUCCGAUGACCACAUGGUGGACGCGAUCCCGACAGCUGCUCAUGCUACGUCGCUGCAAUCCAUGCAGGAGGGGUCCUCGGCGGAUCAGGUGGAUUACUCUAUUCCUAAGGUAGCUGGGGUGGAGAAGUCGGUGAAGCAGAGGGCUCGACGUGCUAAGUAUAAACCACUGCAAAAGCAGGGUGAGGACGCUGCAUUCCGAGCAGGAGUAGAGGAAGUCGAGGGUCUGGUUAAUUCCCAGCCCAUGCCAUCGCGUGGUAAUCGUAAAUUGCACAAGGCUAAGGCCCGAGUUGCUAAUAAAGCCCAUGUGGCUAUGGCCUUUUGA